CUUAAACAGCAACGGUAAUGUAAAUUACAGCGUUAAAACUGCGGCUGCUGUGUGAUUUCUCCCCACAUAACAAAGUUAGUUUAAUGUCUGCCCACGUCGCUUCAGCCAGCAAAGGUGCCAAACCGGCGGGGGGCAACAUGGCCAACUGUGUGGCUUUCCAGGGCAAGUUAACCUCGAUCAUGGAGAAGCUAGCUAAAGCGGCCGUGUUAGAAAUCAGCAGACUGUGGGAGGACGGCUUCGCCCUCGUCCAGGUCGAGCUUCGCCGGAGAGAGAACGAAAUUGAAGCCCUGAACACAAAGUUGAUGCUGAUGGAAAAUGAGCGACUGUCGAUCCUGUUUCAAGCACAGACUACAAAUCUGCCCUCAUCAUCAUCAUCAUCUUCUUCCAAGAGAGAGCAGCAGAACAAACUGCUGCCGCCCACCGGUGAUGGGCCUAUUAUAGAUUCAGUCCAGAAAUUAUGCUCCGAACCGAGUGUCAGAGAGAGGCCGGACAGCUCAGCAAAUCACACAUCACCACCACCGCCACCACCCACUCAGACAGAAGAGCCGUGUGAGCAGCUCAAGUCUGACUAUUGUGAAAGGGACGACAUAGAUGAUGAUGACUUAAUAGUCAAGCUGGAGGACGAGGACGAUGUCCAGAUUGUGGAGCAGAUCCUGGACUCUGAUCACAGUGUUAACGAUGGAGCUGGUCACCACGAGAUGGAUCCUAACCACCAACCUGCCGAGGUCCUGGAAGAAAAAGAGAGCGAGCAGUGGACGACUGUUUCGAUGGGAGACAGCAACACUGUCGACGACUCGGACUGCGUUUUUGAAGCAAAGCAGCUGUCACAAAACCAGGACUCAGAAAUCCUGCUCAUUCAAAAUGCCUUGGACAUUUUCGAUAAUUCAGCAGAGACAGCAUAUUCUGACAGGUUUAUGAGAGAUAAUGGACAAGGUGCAUCAAGUAAAUCAAGGGCUUCUUUGACUUUGAGCCAAGCUCAGCCAAGUCAACCUAUAGAAGCAAUAAAUCACCCAGAGAGAGGAGUGUCCUUCAGAUUCCUCUCAGAGAAACCACCACAAACUAAAAACAUGUCUUCUUUUAACCCAGACAGCCGAUUAUUUCUCUUAAAUGACCCCGAGUUUCAUAAAACUAUAGCGAGUCGCCGCAUAAAGGAGAAAUGGUUCAUCUGCCCGUUCUGUGGGAAAAGCUUUGAUCGCGUCAGCCAUCUUGAGAUUCACCAGCGAAUUCACACAGGAGAAAAACCAUACACAUGCGACACAUGUGGCAAGUGUUUUUCUCAGAGGAGUAACCUUCGCACUCACCAGCGGACUCACAAAGAGGCUCUAUCCCAAAAUGCAGUUUGAUUUAAUAGAUUUUGAACAAUGUGGAAAGCUAGAAUUGUCUCUGUGGCAUUUAUGUCUAGAUUCAUUAACAAAUUCUUUGUAUUUUGAUAUGACCAAAACGUAAUGUAGCUGACUGAUUUUACUGUGCACUCAUUUUUUUAAAUUCUAACUUUGUCAUAGCUUUGAUUGUAAGAACUAAAUUUGUUACUUGUGGACUCUUUGUAAAUUCAGCCAAUAUAGAGAUUUAUAAAAAUAUACAGGGGCAUCCAUCCCCAAGGACAAAGCUGAAUAUUGACUUCUUAAGGUUACAGAAAAGGACACAGUUUGUUCUAUAGUGUCUGGGUGUUGGGCGUGAGUCAUUGUGCAUCAGAGAGGGUUGGAGAGCAAGCCUCUCUAUAUGAUCACUGUAGACCCUCGGAUAUCCCUUAGCAUUACAAUUUUCUCAUUCAAUGUCCAUUUUUACUAUCGAAAUAGGCAAAAAAUAACAAUUUUCUAACCAGUUUCCCUUCACCUGAUGGAAAGAUAUCAAGGAUAAAUCAUCAGAAAUGGACAAAAGAUGAUUGCAGCACUUAGAUAUGAACCCACAUCAUGUAACAGCGGUCCGUGACCUGAAUCGUCUAAUUCUGCUGAAACAGGGAAUUCUGUAAGUUUGGUCAUGGGUACAUUUCACUAAUGUAAGUUGUGAGACUAUAGCAGUGGAUUUCCCUCUGUAAAGUCCUGUCUAUCUUCUAGGAAAGGAAGUACUGAAGCUGGUCUCUUUUAAGCAUUUUGAGAAUUCAGCCUUACAUUACAUUAUAGCUGCAGCUCGUAUACUUCUGGGUCAAUUAGCAACCUUCCUAAUAAGAAAACACUUCUUGAACAUUCAUAUUGUUCAGUAACUUCCUCUAAAGCAAGAGAUCCCAAGGGGCUCCAUAGCAGGCUUAAGAGAUGUAGGUUGUCCCAGGU